CCUACUUAACACGCUUCCUAUUUGAGUGGUGUUCAUGUUGGUUGCGCCAACAUAAAUUGCUACUAACUUAUAGUGUGACGGACUUCAGUUUAAUGGCUCAUAACCGGAUUUUCUAUUACGGCCAAUAAAGAGGUAGAACUAAUAAAACUGUGGGAAAUACAUUACGGCCCGUCAUCACUUGAACGCAGCACAUAACCGCUGAGGCGCGCACCCAGCAGAGCUGUGUGAGCACACGAGCCAGUAUGCGAUGUUAUGCGCAGGAAUGGAGACGAUAAAGUGCCCCAGCUGUGUUGUUGAGUUUUCGGACAAAAACAGCUGAGAGGAACACAUUUUGAGGAGUUAAGCAGCAAUGAGUGGAGCGGUAACGAGGAGAAGAAAAGGGCCCGGACUGACGAACUUAAAGAGCAGAUGGAGUGAGCAGCCCAAAGGUAACCUCCUCUCUGAUGUUGCAGGGAAACAAAGCACCAUCCCACCUGGUGAAGAUGAAGGUGAACGACAAGGGGCCCUCAAGAGGUUUAGUGCCAUGUUCUCCUCCUUCCGCAUAGGCAAAAGAGAUAGAGUGAGAGACCCAGAGCCUUUAGAUCCGCUGGCUCCAGCAGAGGCAGACACAUCCGUGCAGCACCGCUAUGUCAGUGGUCAGUACUUCUUUGAGUAUCUGGUAGUGGUCAGCCUCAAGAAGACCAGGGGUGGCGACAGUUAUGAACCUCAGAUCACCUACCAGUUCCCUAAGAGAGAUGGGAUGGCCAGAUUUCAAAAGGAGGAGGAGGAGAAGACACUGAAGGCGAUCACCCUCUUCUGUUUCCCAGAGGGCAUCAACUGGGCUCCUUUGACAGAAUACCACAGUGAGACCUUCUCAUUUGUGCUGACUGAGAUUGACGGUAGCAGAAGAAACGGAUAUUGCAGGAGGUUACUGCCUGGUGGGAAGGGAGCUCGUCCACCUGAGGCUUACUGCAUCAUCAGCAGCGUGGCUUGUUUUGGCCUCUUCUCCAAGAUUUUUGAUGAGGUGGAGAAGCGGCGGCAGAUCUCCAUGGCCAUGAUCUACCCAUUCAUGCAGAAGCUGCGGGAGGCUCCAUUCCCAGCUCCGGGGAACACUGUGGAGAUUAAGAGCUUCAUUCCUGAGUCAGGCACUGAGAUUAUCAGUCUAACUCGACCAUUGGACUCCUGGCUGGAACACGUCAACUUUGCCACGCUCUUUGGCUGCCUGACAGACGACGAGGUGUUACUGGUGUUCGCUGCUGCUGUCCUGGAGAGACGGAUCAUUUUCAUCGCUGAUGAGCUAGGCACAUUAUCCCAGGUCAUUCAUGCAGUAGCAGCCCUCCUUUACCCCUUUACCUGGCAACACACCUUAAUCUCCAUUGUUCCGGAGAUCCUGAUCGAUGUAGUGAUGGCACCCACCCCCUACCUGCUGGGGGUCCAGAAACACCUGCUAGACCAGGUUACCGACCAAACUGAUCUGCUGAUCGUGGACUUAUCUGAGGACAAAAAGCAAACCUUCAUUGUUUCAAUUGGUGACGAGAGUACUAUUCUGCCCCCGAAGCUCCAAGCUGAAAUACAAGAGGCACUGAGUCACAGACAAGAAGCAUCAACAGUGGAGGAGCUGAACCGGGUGGUGUCAGAGGCCUUUCUGUUGUUCUUUGUGAAAACAGUUGGCCAUUACACGUCACAUGUGAAAUACAAUCGCAGCGGAGAGCGGGCGGUGUUUGAGAAGAGAGUUUUCUACAAAGCCAUUGAGUCCAAGACCACUCGGCACUUCGUCAAGAAGUUCAUCCAGACUCAGAUGUUUGACCUGUUUAUCCAGGAUGUGGAGCAGCAGCAGCCUGGACCACAGCAAGGAAUAUUUUAUAAAAAGGUCCUUGAAUACCAGGAGAAGAAGAAGAGGGACAAGAAAAAGAAACACUAGCUCUCUGCAUGGGAAACUGGGUGUAUAUAAAGGAGUACAUAGGAAUAGAUGUGAAUUUUGCACUGUGUGUUUUUAUUUCCUGUGUCAGUUUUCUCUUAAAUAAUGAUGUACCAAAGUGUGACUUACUGUAUGGCUAUAUUGCUGCUACUCUGUGAAACACUGGCAAAAUGAGACUUCAGUUCCUCGUGUCGGUACUCUGCUGUGGUCACAGUCUGUCGCUGAUGAGCAGGAAAAUAAUUUCAAAUAAAGACUCGUUUUUUAAGUCCA